CGGGAAUACAAUCAUAACGGCUCAAUUAGACGGGGGCGGGUAAAACAUCCAACAAUUUGAAAUUGUAUCACAUUGUGUCACCAGUUACAGAAAGAGAGAACAUUUGUUUCACUUUCUGUGAAAACUGGCUGUGCGUAAGUCACUGAGAAAUACUGUUAGAUUCAAAGAUGGGACGAGCAUGGUUAUACUACACAACACUAAAAAGGGACUUCAGAAAAAACUUUUUUCCUAUUGGGACCUCUUGUAUUGUCUAUAUGAUAACAGCAAAUGAUAUGUCAGACUUCUAUAGGUCGGGUCUGAGUCUGAAGUGGAGGAAUCAGAGGGAACAUGCAGAGGAAGAGUGUAUUGAUAAGUUAGAGUAUGAGCUAUGUAAUGUCAAGAGACCGUGUACGGUGACACUGUUUAUGUCAUGGACACCAUGUUCGGAGUGUGUACCAAUAAUUAUAGACUUUGUACAACGUCAUAGGAAUGUCAGACUGAGGAUACUUGCUGCCAGAAUUUACUAUCAUGAAGAACCAGAAAAUAGAGAAGGUCUAAGGAUUUUAUUUACUUAUUGUGUGGACUUGAAAAUGAUGAAGUGGGCAGAUUAUUACUUCCUCUGGUAUUCCUUUGGAGAUAACAAAUCAAUAUCAAGAGAGUUAAUAUAUAAACCACAUCCAUAUCAUGGAAUAACAAACUGGGAAACAGAACUGCGAAAAAUUUUACAGGGGGGAAGAAGAAAAGUUUUUCGUUAACAUGAGAAGAACACUGUGAGUGCUUCAGUAUAUCAUGGAAUGGAAUCUCCACUAUUCUAUGCAAGAGGAUCUCCAGUUUAUGUGUGCAAAAUUAAUGUCCUACAUGUUAGCUUUUUAAGUCACUGCAUUUUCUUGCCUUCUAAGUAUUGUUUAAAAAUCAUAUGCACUGUACCUCUUACUAAUGCCAGUAUUAUACACACCAGUUUGUAUAUAUUGAUACUUUAAAUUUAUCAGCAGAUUUGGCCUAGCUUGUUGCCCUCCAUUUUUUUUUUAGGUGACAGUGCAGAAUGUUUAAUUUGCAUCUUUCUGAGUUAUUUCUAGGACUGUAUUUGGGCACAGCUUCCUUGAUUUGUUGUGUAUGAAUGACAAACAGAUAGACAAGAACACAGUUCAGUAUCAUACCCCUGUAUUUGGAAAGCAUGCAUGCCUGCACAAGUACUGUGAUUUGGUUUAAAUGCAAAGAGAGCACUCUCUCUAUACCUAGGUUUUCCACUUGUAUUUCAGACCCCUGAUGGCAACUGUAACAGAAUCUCCAUAUUGACCAACCAACAUAUUACCUCCAGGCAGAUCUGUUGGGACCAGGGUUGCCAGAUUUACAGCAACGCAGGUAGGGACAAAAAAAAAAA